UUGUGGCUCUUUUUCAGUGGGGCACAACACCCAUGUCAGACGCCGAAUCCAAGGAUUUGUACAAAAUCUUGGGCGUGGAUCCGAAGGCCUCAACGGAAGAAAUUAAAAGAUCUUAUUUUAGGUUGGCGAAGGUGCUGCACCCCGACAGAAAUAGCUUACCUGAUGCUACUGACAAGUUCAGACAAAUAAUCGAGGCGUAUAACGUUUUGGUGGAUCCGCAGAAGCGGCUGUUGUACGAUGACUAUGGAAUUGAGGUAUUCAAGAAGAAUUUGGUCCACUUCGCUAUAUCGAGGCCUUGGAGGAUGUUUCUAUGGGGCUUGUUCUGCGUGGUAUGGUAUUUUUCGAGGCUGAUAGAUAGAUACCUGAAGACGAGAAUAGUGUGGUUUAUUUUUGUGUUUUAUUACGUCGUAGAGUGCUACUUUUGUGAAAAAAAUAUGAUGUUACUGUGGAACUGCUUGACUCUUGGAAUAACGUCGGCUGUCUUGUACCUGCUGGUGCCCGGCGGCUGGCUAGCAGCCAUAUCAACUAUGGCCACCUUGACCAAUGUGGUGUUCAUCUUGAGCGCGUUUGUUCCUGAAAUAGAUACGUCUGUUCUGGUGUUGGCUCUUUUGGGUGGCGCGGAGUUCUAUAACCGAACCCCCCAACCGCCGAAGUUCAUCUACAUCGCCGCCGUGUCACUCAUCAUCAAUACCAUAUUCAUAAUUCAUCACAUGAAAAAUUUAUCCAGCAAAAAUGUAGCUCCUGUAGAUAAACAAUCUUGGCUUUACAAAAACUGGAACCCGUUUCCUUUAUUGGCUGUCGUUAUUUUAGGUAUCUGUUGGAGCGUCGACGCAUUCAUCUUCUUGCUCGUCCCGAGUCACUUCUCCAGAUGGACUUUUCCAAGCUUCUGGGUGCUCUUCUGCUUUUAUACCGGAUUGAUAUCCAGAGCCUCGAGACAAGCCGUCAAUACCCAUAUCACCACCAUAUGGCUCCCAAUGCUUGUGUGCGGCUGGAUAAUCAAUUACGCCAUUUCUCCGAAGUCCGCGCUCUUGUUACUCUCCGUGGUCCAAUACGCGCUUGUCCUAUGGUUUGCGAGAAUCUACGAGUUGCUCCGCACUCACACGGCGGGACCGAAGGUCGGCUACUUCCUCUUGUUUGCGCUCCUGAGCGCCUGGGAGGUCUAUUCGAACAACACUCUGGGAGAAGAAUGGCGACACUUUGUCGGCGCCCUUUUCGGCGCGAGCUUGGCCGCUUCGACAUACAUGGCCACGCUACAUCGGCACAUUUGA